UUUUUCUGCAUUUCUAAGCUCAGCUCACCGGCGAUGGCGAUUACGAUCUUCAAGUCAGCGAUCUCCGUGCUUUGUGCGCUGUUGCUCCUGUCUCCGGCCCUCGGGAUCUCCGAUGUUCCGUUCAUCGUCGCCCACAAGAAGGCGUCCCUCAACCGGCUCAAGUCCGGCGUCGAGCGCGUCUCCGUCUCCAUCGACAUCUACAACCAAGGAUCUGCGACGGCGUAUGAUGUGACUGUUUCCGACGAUAGUUGGUCUCACGACGCAUUUGAUAUUGUCAGCGGAAACCUUUCUCAGUCAUGGGAAAGACUUGAUGCUGGCGGCCUUCUGUCUCACUCUUUUGAGCUGGAGGCUAAAGAAAAGGGGAUGUUUUUCGGGGCACCUGCAGUGAUUACAUUCCGUAUCCCAACCAAGGCUGCUUCACAGGUGGCCUAUUCUACUCCGAUACUACCUCUUGAUGUACUUGCAGAUAGACCUCCGGAGAAGAAGUUUGAGUGGGCUAAGAAAUUGCUGGCGAAGUAUGGAUCGCUGAUUUCCGUGAUCAGCAUCAUUGUUCUCUUCGUUUACUUGAUCACUACCCCCUCAAAGUCCGGUGCUGCCAAAGGUAGCAAAAAGAAGCGCUAAGCCACCAUGAAAGAUAGUCAGUUCAUCAGCGGUUCUGACGCAUAGAACAAGGCUAGUCCUGCUGUUAGUGUCAUGGUCUACUGAACUUUUGGUUGAGGUGGUUUUUAGUUAGUGCGAAUGAACUGACCCAUUCCUCGACCCAGCUUUAUAGCAUCAAACAGGAUCUGAUUCGAGUGAGAACUAAUCUUACAAUGUUGUGUCUUCAUUGUAUUUUUCAUUAUGAGGCUCAUAAAUUUUGGAUUCGAUAAUUCAUUUGUUGCUCGAUGCUUUCUAUUGUUC